AUUACAUGGCUACCGUAUCAGCAGUCAGUGCUGUAGGAUGGGUUGUUUCUCCUAUUAUUAGAAGGAUGGUUUCUUUGGUGCAGUCCUAUAUGUCAAGCCAGUACAAUUGGAAAUCUGGGAUAUUAUCUGAUCUCAAGAAUUUGGAGGCCACUUUAAUGGAUAUACUCCUUGCAGUUGGAGCAGCAGAAAGGCAACAUGUAGUGGACAGAAAUCAGAUAUUGUUACUGCAGCAGAUGAAAGAUGCAGUCUCUGAUGUAGAAGAUGUUUUGGAUGAGUUUGAUCAUAUGCUUUUAAAAGAGAAGGUUGAGCAAAAAGGCCUUCUCAGACGCAUAGGCUCCUCUUCUCUUUCUGUUGGUAAGCGUCUGGUCAACAUUGACAACUUCAGGUCAAAUUUGCGGAAGGUCCUCAAAAGCUUGGAAAGGGUUAGAGCUUCUGCAGAGAUGUUUGUCCGAGUGAUGGCAUUGCAGGGCUUUAACCCCAUUCAGUCCGUACAAUGUGUCCCAGUAAGAACCACUGGAUCCCUUUUGCAUGAAGAUGCGAUUUUUGGGCGAGAAAAGGAGAUAGAUGAGCUCGUGGGUCAGCUGCUGUAUAAAUCCGAUAAAUGUUUGUCAAAUGCUUAUCAGUCGGUCAGGACAGAGGUGCACACUAUUGUUGGUGUUGGGGGCAUCGGGAAGACUACUCUGGCUCAGCUGAUCUAUAAUGAUGAGCGCAUCCUGGAUUCUUUUGACGUGAGAAUGUGGGUUAGUGUUUCCAACAACUUUGACAAAAUUAGAAUUACCAAAGAGAUCAUAUCAUACCCAACCGAUAGUGAGAAUGCUGAAUUGACUAAUUUUAAUUUCAGUAAGCUCCAGGACGAACUUAGAUGGAGACUUCGUUCCAAGAGGUUUCUCUUAGUGUUGGAUGAUGUGUGGUAUGAUGAGAAAUAUGGAGAGCACAUCAACAAACAAAUGUGGAUGGAAAUAAUGGCUCCUAUUAAGGAAAGGUUUACAAGGCCAGGAAGCAUGAUUCUAGUGACAACCCGAACAGAAUUGGUUGCAAAAAUGCUGGACUCUAGAAGCUUGUUCAUUUUAGAAGGUCUGGGAAGGGAUGAUAGUUGGUUGCUAUUCAGGCGAUGUGCAUUUGGCAGCAGGAAGCCAGAAGGUUAUCCAGAGUUGAAGCAGUUAGGCUACCAAAUUGUUCAAAAACUUAAAGGCUCACCUCUAGCCCUAAAGGUUGUUGGAGGUCAUUUAAAUGGAAAAUACAAUGAUGCAGAGUGGGAGGAUGUUCUUCAAAGAGAUGUCCUCAAUCCAAAUGAUAUCUUGACUAUCUUAUACUUGAGUUAUGAAAGUUUGCCGGAACACCUCCAGCAGUGCUUUGCAUAUUGUAGUUUAUUCCCAAAGGGUUACCGUAUUGAUUCAAAGAGAUUGAUCUGGAUGUGGAUAGCUCAGGGCCUUGUUCAUCUAGAAGGAAAUAACAGUAGAAAUUUGGAAGAUAUUGGAAGGGGCUAUUUCAAUGAUCUGUUAGCUCGAUCAUUUUUCCAAGUGCUCCGUUGUGGAGAUCAAACAUAUUACGUUAUGCAUGAUUCAUUGAAUGGUCUCGCACUUCAUGUUUCCAAUGGGGAAUGCUUCAGGGUUGAUCAUGGCAGUGUUGGGGAGUUUCCUCAUUACAUUAGGCAUUUGUCUGUGUCUGCUGAACGACUGGGAGAUCUUGUGAACUAUGAUGGUCUCCGGAGAUUGCGUACAUUUAUGAUUCUGAAUGAUUCUUGGUUCUGCUCCAAAGUCUGUUUAAGUCAUGAUAUACUCAAUAAACUCAAGAGUGUGCGGGUACUUGAUGUAAGCGGAUGCUGCUUUGGAAGGUUUCCUGAAGCUGUCAAUGAUCUGAUGCACCUGCGUUAUCUAGCCAUUCGACGCACUUAUUACCCACUGCCUACAACAAUCUCCAGACUCAAUCAUCUACAGUCCUUGUUUGUGUUGUAUCAUUCAUGUUACUCUGCGAGGAUAUCUUGCUCAAACAAGUGGAAACAGCGGAAAUAUUGAAGGAGGGAAGUGAACACUACUGGAGGUCAUUUCAGUCUUCCUGAAAGCAUUCGCAGGCUCAUUAACUUGGUGCAUGUUGAUGUAGAGAAGGCUUACACUCUCAUGUUAUCAGGUGUGUAUCAGCUUCCUUGUAUCGAGGGUUCUGGAGAAUUCCUUGUCGAUAAGAAGGAGCAAGGUUUGGUACAACUGAGGGAUCUGAACAAAAUUAGGGGAGAGCUUUCUGUUAGGUUUCUGGAGAAUGUAAAAAACAGGGAGGAGGCUGCAAAGUCUCAUCUAGACUUGAAGGAGCACAUCUCUAAGUUGGAGCUAGAAUGGGGAUCAUGUGAUGGUGCUCAUGAUAUGGACAAGGGCUUUGAGGUGCUUGAUGUAUUAAAGCCACACCGCAAUCUUGAUGACCUAACUAUCAGUGGGUACCCAAGUGUCAAGUCUCCUUCUUGGCUGGAGUCUGAUUGGCUGAGAAGAUUGAAAUUGAUUUGCCUACGAGAUUGUAAUAGAUGGGAGGUCCUUCCACCUUUAGGGGAUCUCCCCUUACUCGGUACUCUUGAAGUGCGGCGAAUGGAAGAACUAAAAGCACUCAGCCAGGAAUUCUUUGGUCAUGCUGGAUUCCCUUCUCUGGAAAGAUUGCUUCUGGAACGCCUACCUAAAUUGGAGUGGUGUCUUGUGGACAAUGAUAAAGUGUUACAGAAUCUCAGACAUCUCUCUGUUGCUGGCUGUCCACGGCUCAGAUCAUAUCCUACCCAUCCUCGUACACUCAGACAUAUAGCUGUACUUGACAAGGAAAAAAUCCAUUUUAAGCUUCAGAUUGACAGUUUUGAACUAUCAAGGUCAUUUUGUCACCUGGUAUCAAGCUCCUUCCAUGUCUUGCGCUCUCAUCACCUAGAGUCUAUAGAAGAUAUGGAGAUCUAUGUUAACUGUUUGGUACACAUGCCCAUGAUAGUCUUUCACAAUAUGAAAUCACUCAAAAAGUUAA